CAACGUCCUCCCUGUCCUCUUCAUCGCUGAGCAUCUCUAGGUUGACAGCUUCAUUGAAGUCAUAACGAUUCUUUUGGGCGCUUGUUCAUAAAAUUCUAAUUUUUUCUUCAACAAGUGCAAACAACGCGAACUCAUGAAGCAUGGUGAACUACGGAGGAGAUGAAGUCUCUGCACUUGUUAUUGAUAUUGGCUCUUCCUCGUUACGCGCAGGUUACGCCGGCGAUGACGCCCCAAAAGCAAUCAUUCCCUCGUCUUAUGGUUAUAUUCCUCCGUCUGCACAUUCAGACAAUGGAGACGUAAGAAUGAACGAAACUGGAGCAUCUGAAAGUGUAGCAAAGGCAAAGAGCUUCUUUGGGCACUCGGGUCCCUCUAUCUGGCGAGCGAAUAUGGAGAUCGGUAAUCCCAUUACCGACGGACUCAUUACAGACUUUGGGCCAAUACCUGCUCUGUUUCGACAUGCUUUAGAAGACGUUAUGCGCUGCUCUGCAUCCGAACAUCCAAUCCUCGUCACUGAACCUUCAUGGAACACUACGGCUAACAGAGAACGCAUGGCGGAAAUCAUGUUUGAAGAAUUCCAGGUUCCUGCUUUCUAUAUCGCAAACACAAGUGUUUUAAAUACGUUUGCUGCAGGAAAAGGUUCUGCUCUUGUCAUUGACAUCGGACAAUCAACAGCUAGUGUUGUGCCAGUCGUGGACGGAUUCGUUCUCCGGAAGGGGCUUCAGCAUUCUAGCUUACCAAAACUCGUUCAUGCCCAUGCACGACAUCUUCUUACCGCACCAAACCCAGUCCGUCGUCCGGCAGACCUAUAUCCAUACCAGCUCAUUUCUAGUAAACAGGCUGUCGAACCUAAUGCACCCCCUCGAUACACAUUACGUGAAGAUCGUUUGGCAGGGACCACUCAGUCAUGGCGCGAAUGGUACGAAGCUCGCGAGGUAGAAGAAUGGGUACAGAGCGUAGCAGGAGUAUUAGACCAAGGGUGGAAUGACCAGGUUGUACAACACCGCCAACACAAACAAUACGAGUUCCCGACAGGCUACAAUGCUUGGUUCGGUCCUGAAAGAUUCGGCGUUGGUGAAAUGUACUUUCACCACUCGCCACAACUUGUGGCUGGAAACCCCGACAUUCCAAAACACAUCCCAGGUCUUAUUACUGACUCCCUAAGGGCCUGUGAUCCUGAACUGCGCCAGGUUCUGAUAAGCAAUGUUGUCUUGACUGGAGGUGGAAGUUUGUUUUCCGGACUAGCUGAUCGUCUUGGAUCAGAAUUGGCUCGGUCUUUCCCGCAUUUCAAAAUACAUGCUCCUGGAAACCCAAUCGAACGGCGUUACGGUGGUUGGUUAGGUGGCAGCAUUUUGGCCAGUCUUGGAACGUUUCAUCAACUAUGGAUCAGUCGUGAAGAGUGGCAGGAACAUGGAAAAGCUAUCGUUGGGCAACGGUGUAAGUGAAGAUGAAUCGAUUAGGUAUCUUGAUGUAAUUUCCACGAUUGUGAAUAAAUGGAUAUUUCGGUCCACUG